AUGAGCUACUACAUCUUGUCUUCCUUGACACACGAGCGAGGUUGUGGUGGAAAGAGACAGUACUUGUGCCCUGAGUGUGGAAAAGCCUUUAGUCACAGGGCCAACCUCACGGUGCAUGAGCGAACCCACACAGGAGAGAAGCCGUAUAAGUGUAAGGAAUGUGGCAAAGCUUUUAGUCAUAGAUCCAACCUUGUGGUCCAUCGGAGAAUCCACACCGGAGUGAAGCCGUACACGUGUAAUGAGUGUGGGAAAUCUUUCUGGGGUAAGUCCCAUCUCAUCCGGCACCAGGGAAUCCACAGAGCAGAGAAAACAAAUGUGUGUAAAGAGUGUGGGAAAGCCUUCAGUCGGAGCUCGGGACUUAUUUCCCAUCACAGAGUUCACACUGGCGAGAAGCCCUACACUUGUGUUGAGUGUGGGAAAACAUUUGGCAGGAGUUCAAACCUUACUCAGCAUCAGAGGACGCACAGAGGAAAAAAGCCCUACGAGUGUGCCGAGUGUGGGAAAGCCUUCACCCUAAGGAAGGCUCUUAGCGAGCACCAGAGACUCCACAGUAGAGAGAAGCCUUAUAAAUGCAACGAGUGUGGCAAAGCUUUCACUUCUAACGGAAACCUUGCUGAUCAUCAGAGAGUUCACACUGGAGAGAAGCCUUACGAAUGUAACGAGUGUGGGAAGACCUUCAGGCAGACAUCCCAAGUGGCUGUGGCUGAAGCACACACCAAGAAUCAGAUGUUGGUGCUGCUGGUGCCGGAGCAGUUCCUGGGCAUCCUGCCUUGCGAGCUCCAAGCCUGGGUGCAGCUCCAUUGCCCUGGGAAUGGCGAGGAGGCUGUGGCUCUGGUAGAGGAGCUGCAGAAAGAUCCAGAUGGACCACAUCCCAAAAGAAGUGAGGUGGCCAGGGUGAAGAUGGCAAUGCUGAGUGUGGUUCCAUACCUCGGAGGUGAUGGUUACAAGCAUUCCCUUAAUGCCGAGAGGCUCUGUAGUCUCAGUCCCGAAAUUGGCGCUGGCGGGCCGGGCCUCCGUGGUGAGCGGGUGUCGCCGGGCGGGAGAGGAGCAGGAUCGCCCUGCACCGACCCAUCCUACUUGCGGAGCCACGAGGUAGUGGGACGGGCCGGGGCCGGGCGGCUAGGGGCCGCGGGCUCUGGAAGACCGAGGCCUGUGCUGUGGCUCCGGGCCUGCGGGGGCGAAGACCACGGAGUCUGUUCGGAAGACUCAGAGUAG